AUGAGAAGAUCCAUCCGUCUAGAGCACAGCAGGACAGUCCCUAAUUACUCAUGUUCUGCAAAAGCCAAGUUGGUGGGUUUUAUUGGAGACCAUUAUUCAGUGACAACUUUUCCAAUGGCACAAAUACUGGGAGUCUACGGAUAUACGCAGAUCAGUUAUGGAGCUACAGACUAUUCCCUUACAGAUAGAGCUCUUUAUCCUCAUGUGUUCCGUACAGUUCAGAAUGACCAUGCCUAUUUGUCGGCCACAGUUAAGUUGAUGAAACAUUUUGGCUGGACCUGGGUUGGAAUAUUCACAACAAAGGAUGAUGCCGGUGAGAAAGAAACAGACACUUUAACAAAGUAUAUGAGUAGCAAUGGAAUCUGCGUUGAGUAUAAAAUUUUAUUUGGAGUAGGCACGUUGAAUGAAGAUAAGUCCCUUGAAAAAAUUGUCCAGGAAAACAUUGCUAUUAUUCAAAAAUCGACUUCCAGAAUCAUCGUAGUGUGUGGAUCUUAUGUCUACAUCAACACCGUUUUCGCUCUUUAUGUUGGUGCUAUUUAUGAUAAAACAUUUAUUUUUCCUCCUGUUUGGGUUUCCAGCUCAUCAGUGCAUUUGUUGGCAAUGGUUGGCAUUAAUGGUAGUUUGGCGGUGGAAUUAUACCCGCUGUUUUUUCCAGAUAAAGAGCAUUUCUUUGAUGGGAUCGACAAGAUGAAUAGCACAAAUAAUUCACCAGGUUCCAAAUAUUUUUUAACGAUUGCAAAGUGCUUGUCUGAAAACAGAGGAAAAAGGGAAAUAGUAUGCAGAAUACAAUAUAAUUAUUCCGUGCAUCAUGAAUUUUACCCAAAUAUAGACAGAUUUCUGAAUCAAGGGGUGGCGCCACGCAUUUACUACGCAGUAGAAGCCUUGGCUAAAGCAAUUCAUAAUAUGCUUCUAUUCAUUGACGGAAAAUCUGAUGAUAAGCAAAAUCAUUAUUAUAAACAUGAGUUGCGCUACCAACUAAAGAAAAUUCAGUUCCCCUUUGAUUCGGCUGAGCCAGUGCCAUUGUUUAAUGAAUACGGAGAAUUUGUUUAUCACUACAGAAUAACGAAUUGGAUACUGCAGGAGGAUGAUACUGCAAUUUAUAAGGAAGUAGGGAACUUUACACCCUGGGCUCCAGAGGAUCUCCAGCUUCAUGUCAACCCCGAAGCCAUAACAUGGAAAUUUACUAACAAGACUUCAAUGUUUUACCCUCAGGUUCCGAUAUCUCGAUGCUCAGAUCCCUGUUUACCUGGUUACAGAAAAAAGUUUGGAUUCUCAAUUCAUAAAUGUUGCUAUGAGUGUGUCACAUGCCCAGAAGGAGAGAUAUCCAAUAUAUCCGACAGUGAAAACUGCAUGAAAUGUCCUUAUGAUGAAUGGCCAAAUACAAAGAAGGACCGGUGUGUUCCAAAAGUGGUGGAAUUUCUCUCCUACACUGAUGAUAAAAUUUCUGUAGUAUUUUCAGUUGUCUCCAUCUUUUGUUGCCUUAUUACUGGUUUAAUAUUGGGUAUUUUUCUACUUUACCGGGACACUCCCAUUGUUAAAGCCAAUAACCAGAACCUGAGCUAUCUUCUCCUGGUCUCCAUCAUGCUGAGCUUCCUCUGUGUCUUCUUGUUCCUCGGCCGUCCAGUAGAUGUGACCUGCAUGCUGCGUGUAACCUCUUUUGGUGUCAUCUUCUCUGUUGCUGUCUCUUCUCUACUUGCCAAAAGUAUCAUGGUGUGUGUUGCUUUUAAAGCCACCAAACCUGGGAGUCCCUGGAGGAAAUGGAUGGGAGCCAAGCUGCCCAGUUCUAUAACAUCCAUUUGUUCUAUAGUUCAAUUACUAAUUAGUGUCAAUUGGUUGUCUAUUUCUCCUCCCUAUCAUGAUAAGGACACUCACUCUUUUCAUGAAAAGAUCAUCAUUCAGUGUAAUGAGGGUUCAGUUAUCGGCUUCUACUCUGUCCUGGGAUAUAUGGGGCUUCUGGCAGCUGUGAGUUUCAUUAUAGCUUUUUUAGCCAGGACAUUACCGGACAGUUUUAAUGAGGCCAAGUACAUCACCUUCAGCAUGCUGGUGUUCUGCAGUGUCUGGAUUGCCAUGAUCCCGGCCUAUCUGAGCACCAAAGGGAAAGACAUGGUGGCUGUGGAGAUUUUUGCUAUAAUGGCAUCAAGUGCUGGACUUCUUGGUUGUAUAUUUUUUCCAAAAUGUUACAUACUUUUGUUUAGACCUGAUCUCAAUACAAAAACAGGUUUGCUGGGAAACAGAACAAAAUAA